AUGGCCCUUGAAUCCCGGUUAAAGCUUGAAAAGAACAAAAGAGAACGUUGUAAAAUAGUGACAUUUUUAUUUUACCUUCUUAUUUCUAUAGAGAGACAAUGUCAUAUUGAAUAUUUGAAUCUAUUCCUCAAACUAGCUAGCUACUAGACCCUGAUAAAGAAAUAAUCAUCUUUUGAUUUUAACAACUUGGUCCUCUAAAAAACUAAAAAUUACUAUAUACUCUACUAACAAAAAUUUACGGCUCUUGAUGAGGCAAUUUUGAAUGUAAUGUGUAAUUAUUCUCCUCAAAUUAUAUAUAUAGAAAACUCUAAGAGUGUGGCAAAUGGCUUUAACAGAGAAAGCCUUUGCAGGCUAAAGCCAGUAAGAAGUAGUCAACUAGCUAGCAUCACAAAAAUAAAUUAGUACUACUAAAUAUCUUGUUAUAUUUAAUGUAACAAGAUUAAAACUAACAUAUAUAAAAGAUUAGCUCUUUUAUGUGUAUUUAUUAUUUUAUAUCAUUAUAUAUAGUCUUAGCACUUGUUACUCUGCUUGUUUAAUUAAGUAGAAUAAUUUUGGAAGGUGAGAAAAAAAGAAAGAAAUGGGGAAGGCAAGCAAAUGGAUUAGAAACAUUCUUCUAGGGAAAAAAGAAGAAAAUUUCAAGAAGAUUGAUGCAUUCUGCCCUGAGAAUAAGAAAGAAAACACAGAUAGUAGUAGUAGUAGUAAUAAGAUCAUAGUGAGGCGCAAAUGGAGCUUUCGAAAAAUAACAAGUGGAAAAACAACAGAAAAGGUAGUAUCACAUAAUAUUUCAAGGUCUUUUGAUUCAACAGAUCAUUCUCCAAAAUUGCAAACUCAAACUCCAAGGUCAAGGCGUCUUUCAAGAUUAGCAAAGGUGUCUGAAAAUACUGAAUUUGUUAAAACAGCUGCUACAAGGAUUCAGUCUGUCUUUCGCUCUUAUUUGGCAAAGAGAGCAUUGCAUGCUUUAAGAGGACUAGUGAAAUUACAGGCACUAGUGAGGGGUCACCUUGUAAGGAAACAAACAACUGCAACACUGCGUGGAAUGCAUGCAUUGAUGGCCAUACAAGUUAGAGCACGGAUUCAAAGGAUUAAGAUGACAGAAGAAGUAAAUCCUGUUGAAAUACAACCUCCACCACACAAAGAAAUUCCCUCCUUCAAAGGUCACAUGACACAACAAAAUAAAGAUUCAAAGAAUAUGAGUGUGGAAGAAAUGUUGGGGGUAAUGAGAAGUAGAAGUGGCCCUCUAGAUGUAAAGAGCAAAAAGUACGAAUAUUCAAAGAGUGAAUCAAUUUCAAAAAGAGAAAAUCAAUUAAAGAAAACAAUAAUCACAGCACCAAACAGCCCAGAAAAGUACUACAAAGAGAUGAUAGAAUAUUUGAAGCCAACAACAAAAUCUUCUGAUGAGAGACACAUAAUGCCACAUCGACAAUCAUGUUCACCAAAUUUCAUGAACAAGACAGAAUCGUCAAAGGCAAAAACAAGGUGUAGGAGUGAACCAAAACAAAGACCUCCGAAAGGUGUAGAAGGAACAACAAAGCAAAAAAGCAAGGUUAUAGAAUGUAGAUUAAUGAAGCAAAAUAUGUUAUCAAAUUCAGCAAGGUAUGAACAUUGGAUUGUUAAUUCAAUGAAGCAGAGUAGUAAACGUGAUUCCUUUGGAAGCUACACGGAUGAUGAUUCAUACUAUUCAUGAUGCAACAAUUAUGUGUUAACAUUUGUGCACACACGUGUGAGAAUACAACGACUCUGUUACAAAGAAAAGAUGGAAAAUUGACUUUGUAGCAAGGAGCUACAUUAAUAUUAAUAUUUCACGAACAUAAUUUUGAAAAACUGUUUUUUUAUUUUUAUUUUUCAGAGAUGAUCAAAAGGAGUAGUGUUUUUAUUUUUUUAAUUAAUCAACUGUUUGUAAGUACCCUGUGAUUUCAUGAAAAGAAACAUUGUUCCAUUGUCAAUGA